AUGGCAGGUGGAGUUAUGUAUCAGCAGUCGACGAGCGGUAAGCCGAAAGCUGUUACCAGUGAAGUUGUUAAGGUCGGGGAGAGUGAUGAGGAAAAGCAGAAGAUGCUCGAGUUGCAAAUUGUAGGUUGCCAAAAAGGCGCUGAAGAUGAAGAAGUCCAAGGAAAACCAUACCUAGUCUUUUAUCUCCAAACCGGGAUAGUAAACUCUCGAGCGACGUUUUUCGGCAAUUGGGGAGAUUUCCGAUGGUGGACUCCAUCGCCUUCUCCCCAUCGCACAAUUCUCGGUCGCGAUUAUGACGAGGCCGCCGAAGCCGAAGCCUGGUGGGAAGCCUUCAAUUGUGAAAGAAGAGAUAAAUCGAAGCAUGUUGCCCAGGAUUUUCUCCAACAAGUCGAAAAGAAUCAGGUUGCCCAGAAUUUUCUCCAACAAGCCUUCAACCGUGAAAGAAGCGAGAAAUCGAAGCAGGUUGCCCAAGAUUUCCUCCAACCGUAA